CACGCUCCACUGGCCCCUGCUCGGGAUGAGAAAUCCAACGGCGGCCGGUGCCGUCAGCGAGUUGGCGGAGCUGGUCCUCCCGUGGCUGCCGCCGCCCGACCUUGCCGCCGCGGCUUCCGCCAGCCGCGCCAUGCGAGCGGCCGCGUCUGCCGUCACCGCCCGCCGCGCCGCCGACUCGGCUCGCGGCCUGGAGGCCUUCCCUGCCCCCUUCGUCAACCCCAUCGACUCCCAGCCCUACUCCUACUUCAUCUACACGCCCUUCUCCCUCAUUCCUUCCGCGGCCUCCUUCAACGCCCAGCCGUGGGGCUGCGCAUCGUCCCGGACGCCGGGCCCCACCUGGCCCCGCCCCGACCUAGGCCUCCCCUUGUGCGGGUGCUCGUGCGCCCGGGGGCAGUGCGGCGGCGCGGGGUGCGCGUGCGCCGAUGCGGAGGCCGAGGCGGCGGAUGCGUCGGGGGCGGGUAUGGCGAGCCUCAGCGAGUGCGGCGACGGGUGCGCGUGCGGGCCCUCGUGCGAGAACCGGCGGACGCAGCGUGGCGUCACGGUGCGGCUGCGCGUCCUGCGCCAACUGAAGAAAGGGUGGGCGCUGCACGCCGCCGAGGUCAUUCACCGCGGCCAGUUCGUCUGCGAGUAUGCCGGUGAGUUCUUGACGACAGAAGAAGCCCGGAGGAGGCAUAGGCUGUAUGACGAGCUUGCCUCGGUAGCACUCCUCCAGGGCCAGCUCUCCGUGCUGCAAACCCAGCUCUUCAACUGCAGGCUGGCCCUGGCGAGCACGCACCCGGACGGCGCGGAGCAACUGGCGGUGCUGCAGCCGGCGUACUCCGCGGCGUCGGCGCCGAGCCAGAUGGUGAACUACGACGAUCUUCCGCAGGCCGUGGACUUCAUGGACGUGGAGCCCCAGAUGAGGGGGCUCGAAUCUCUCCAGCUCUCGCAGCCGCCGCACCGAGACGAAGACGAGAGCCAGGGCGAUCAUCCCAACUGCCGCGGUGCCAUCAUCCUCCCUAAAGGAUCCAUCUCUUCACUCAUAUUACAUGGAGGUGCAAGCCAACGUAAAACUUGGGGCGUACGGUGA